AUGUCCAAGGUUGGGAGUUCAAAUGAGUUGAAAUCGCUUUUCUGGUGUGAUGCAAUAUCUAAGCGGAAUUAUCAACUGUAUUGUGAUGUUGUCUCCUUCGACUCCACAUACAAUACCAAUAGGUAUUGCAUGAUAUUCUAUCCCUUCACGGGCAAGGACAACCAUGGAAAGCCAGUCACAUUUGGAGCUGCACUCUUAUCCAAUGAGACCACAGAAUCUUAUUCAUGGCUCUUCAAGCAUUUUGUGGAAUCCGUGGAUCAAGCUCCUAAGAUGAUUGUUACUGACCAAGAUAGAGGUAUGAGAGCUGCUAUUCGUGAUGUUUUGGUGGAUACAAAGCAUAGAUGGUGCAUAUGGCACAUUAUGCUUAAACUUACCGACAAAAUUCCAAGGAGAUCUCUAGAAACUGAAGAGUUGAAAAAAGAGAUCAGUGCUUGUGUGUGGUCUGAGGUACUAGAGCCGGAAGAGUUUGAAGAUUCAUGGAUGGGGAUAAUGGAGCGUUAUGAGCUUCUUCAUGUCGAGUGGUUUGUAACAAUGUUUGACAAUAGAGAGAUGUGGGUCCUUGUCUAUUUUAGAGACUUUCCCAUGGGGUCUCUUAUUAGGACGACGUCUAUUUUCGAGUCUGAGAAUAGCUUCUAUAAAACAUUCACAAGACGUCGCUCCAAUCUAGUUGAGUUCAUCAUGAAUUUUGAUCAUGCAUUGGCUGCACAAAGAAAUUCUAGCUCGAAGUUAGAUUAUAUGGAUUCAACAAUUAUACCACCAUUCUCCAGUCAGUUGGUAUUGGAAAAACAUGUUGUGACAAAGUACACUGAUCACAUGUUCAAGAGAGUGCAACGUGAGAUAGUGGACGCAUUGCACCAUUGUAGCACUGAUGGUUUGUUGAAAGAUGAUCUGUUAGAGAUCUCCACAAUAAAGGACAAGUUUUUGAAUGUUAUACCUGAUAAGUACUUCCAUGUGAGGUGGUUGAAGACUGCCUUAGCUGAUGUUAUUCGUGGACCAGCUCGAAGUUUGGGAGAUCCUGAAAUUCUAUCAGAUCCAAACUAG